AUGCCAGGGUCCGUCUACUCCGUCGACCUCGAACGCGAGGCCCGCGAUCGCACAAAUAGUCACCACCACCCACGAUCUCGCAACUCUCAAAACCACCACCACAACAACCACCACCACCACAAACCUGACCGCCGCCAUCACAACCACCGCGCCCGAUCCCCUUCUCCAUCCCCCUCCAUAUCCUCCACCUGCUCAAUCUCCUCUUGCUCAACCGGCCUAACAACCACCACACCCACCACUCCCGACCCACCAUCAUCCAAGCCAACAACAGCCUCAACCUCCAAACCCACCUCCAACUCAACAAAAACAAAACCCGCAAAAUCAAAACCAUCCAAAACCAACCGCAAAGCCCUGAUCCCCCAUCCAACCCACGGCAGCGGUGCCAGCAGCAGCAGUGGGCUUGGCAGUAGCGAUGACGAGGACGACGAUGAUGCGCCGGAGGAGUAUACCGUUGAUAAAGAUGGGCGGAUUCGGGAGGAGCGGAAACGGGGGGGUGGUGGUCGACAUCAUCAGGCCCAGCGCAGGGGUGAGAAACGGUAUGCGCAUGCGCGUGGUGAUGGAUAUGGACGUGGGUAUGGGUACCAUGGAUGGGACGGGUCGGAAGAGAAAGGGGGGAGGUAUCGGGAUCGGGAUGAGGGGGGGUGUGAAGAGUGUAGGUAUGGAUGUUGUAGUGGUGGGGGGUAUGGAUAUGGGGAUGGUGGGAGUGGGAAUGGGAAUAGGGGGGGUUGGGAGAGAAGGAGGGAUGAUGUGGAUGGGGAGAGGAGAAGGAGGAGAGAGAAGAGUGAGGGGAAGAGGUUGAUGUUGGCUGCGGCGGUGUUUGUGGCGGGGAUUGUGUUGUGUUGUGAUUGA